AUGUAUCGGAAGACGAUGCUUCCGGGCGAUGAAGAGUUGGGCAAGAAAGACGAUGACCAUAGAUACAAACCCGCGCGACAUAACAGUUGGUCAACGUGGAAUCAUACAUUUCGCUGGCGACGGAGAAGGAUACUACUCGCAAUAGUAGGCUUGUUCCUUCUCUACUACUGCUUCCUUAGCAGCUCGGACGACUACGAAGAUUCAAUUGAACCGCAAUAUCGGGGACGACCAAUCACGUCAACAUAUCAGAAACCAAGCGCGAACGACGAUGACGAACCUACUGGACCGCCGCCGGGCAUGCAAAAGCCAAGACGUGGGGAUGCGAUACCUCGUACGUACGACGGGCAGAUACGCUUCUUCCGCCUCGCCGGCUCACUGCGCCCAUCCGCCUCGGCAACGGGUGGCUAUGAGAAGAAGAAUAGGAAUAUAUUAUUCGCAAUGUCGAGCCUGAAGAGCGCCUCGACGCUUUUACCUAUGGUAUGCGAAAUGUCGCAAUGGAAUAGGAACCAUGUACACGCGGCUUUCAUGGGCAGAGAAGAUAUACCGGUAGAGGAUCUGCUCGAGAUAAACGGGAUAGACAAGGCCAAGUGUCCUGCUAUAUGGCAUGAUGCGCGACCGGAUUAUGUGGAGUACAGCACUGAUGUACGCGCUGAGACUGCGGUGAUGGGUGCUAUGCAACACAUCAACGGCUUUCUACAUCCACAAGCAGCCAUUAUAGACGAUUCGAUCUCAGAAGAUCAAUUCUUUGUCCGAGGCAUGCGAACUAAAACUGGAGUGCUGAAGAUGCCUCUUAUUGAAGUACCGAAAGAUAGAUCCGAGGAUUUCGCCUGGGUUUCGCGACUCGACGCUGGCUCGCUCAGGCAUUGGCAUGAUCCCACCGUAGAUAUUUUGAUCCAAGUGCCACCAGACUCGUCGAGCGUUCUGCGGUUGCUGAGGUCAAUCAAAGAUGCUGAUUACAGUGGUCUAAAACCGCCUCGCAUCACAAUCGAGCUACCAGCCGAGCUUGAUAUUUCAGUAAAAGAGCACAUUGAGAGCUUUAAAUGGCCCCCACAUAAUGAAAACCCAAUGGCGGGAAGUGGACUUAGCAUCAGGCGCCGCAUCUUAAGCCACCGCCAUAAUCAGGAAGACUCUGCAAUUCGCUUCCUGGAGUUGUUCUACCCCACGAACACGAUCAACUCACAUGUGCUACUGCUCUCACCACAGGCGCAGCUAUCGCCACAGUACUUCCACUUUGUCAAGUACGCGUUGUUGGAGUACAAGUAUUCAACUUAUGGUGCAGAAGACAAUGAACAUCUCAUGGGCAUGAGUCUGGAGUUGCCAUCAGUGCUCCUGGAUGGCAAGACGAAAUUGGAUCUUCCAUCCACGGCUGAUAUGCAUACUGACCGAUACAAGAAGCUACACUCGGGCGCUAAGAGCGUACCUUUUAUGUGGCAGGCUCCAAGCAGCCAUGCGACCUUGUUGUUAGGGGACAAGUGGGCGGAGUUGCACUCGUUCCUCGGCAACCGCGUCGUGAAGCAUCAGCAGUCGACAAAAUCAACAUCUCGGGGAAAGUUGGUAUCCGAGACACUCCCUGCAUGGACCGAGUACAUGCUUGAGUUCAUGCGUGCGCGGGGUUACUCGCUGCUUUAUCCUGCGACGACAUAUAAUGCGUUGGUAACGAUUCAUAACGAGCUGUAUCACGCCCCCGAAGAGUUCUCUUCAGUGCCGUCCAAAGACGGCCAAGAGUUCCCAGCCCUGCCACUGGAGACAGAUGCGCCAAUCUUGCGUGCGGACGUACCGUCCAAGCCACCUCAAAAUCCCGAGACGCCAGUCAUUCCAGGCUCAGUGCCACUGCAUCAAGCACUACCAUUCGACGGUGAUCUACCCGAAAUUCCUCAUCUACCCCAACUUCUUUACGACGGACAGCAGAUUGCUCCGGUCAACGUAUCCGCCGUGGCGAAGGAAUAUGCGGACAUAUUCCGCAGAGAGAUUGGCGGCUGCAAGAUACCCACGGGCAAGCAUAAGAAGGUUAUAGCGGGUGAAGCUAGCGACUUGUUCUGUUUUGGAGACGAGGAUGAUGGUGACUGGGUGGAGGACGAAAUGAGAGAGGUGGAAAUGUUUGACGCACCCAUCGAUGAUCAAUUGGAGAGGUUGAUUGAGGAUGCGCUACCUGGUGUGGCGACGUCAACGAGAGAGAGGACGAUUACGAAACCCACUGUCGUGGCUGAUGAGGUAUAG